ACUUUUGGUUGCAUACUCUUCUCCAUCUGGUUGAAGGUGCAGUUAUAAGUUAGGCUAUGUAAUCUUGUAGCAAAUUAUUUCCUCUGAAGAGUAGAUAGUCUGAAACUGGAUAAUUAAGAUAUCGGUGUUGUUUGCUUGGUGAUUUCAAUUUUCAAGGCUUCAAUUUAGAUCAAAUGCACAACAUAGCUGAAUGUCUCACUCGCUACAUGGAAAACAUUCUUUUUCAUCUGGAAUCUUCAGUCUCUAAUGACUUUUUGUUCUCUUCUUCCUUCAAUUUUACUAAUUGUAAGGGAACAACAUGAGUGAACUAUUAGCAUCUUCUAGUUACAAACUUAGUUAGAUUUAGAUGGCAAGAUAUGCGAAAAUGGCUCUCUCUGUCACCCUCUUAAAGAAUACUUUUCAAAUUUCAUGAUUAAUUAAUGGCAACCUCACUCUAAUGGCAAAGUUUGUAGACUGUAUGCACAAUGCAUGUGGAUGCAAUUUGUAUAGCUCUGUUCAUAAUUGCAAACUGACUGCUCCCAGUAUAGCUUGUUAAGAUUUAAAAGUGUAAGAAGUGAUACAACAUCAAUCAUGGACUUGGCAUUGGGUAAAGCAUAGAUGAUAGAACCCAUGAUUUUCAUGUUACAAUUCCAUGCUAUAUCCAUGUUUGUUGCUAAUUGUCUACUUGGUUUAACCAAGUAUUUUUGUGAUUAGAAGAACGUGUCCAUGAGACCAUGGAAAGAUGUCUUAGCAACUAAGAAAUGAUGAUAAAAUACUACAGAUAAGAACUGGAACGGAGAUGCAUAUGUAAAAGUUGAGAGGAUAUGGCUACAGGCAGAUUUGCUAGAGGGAAUGAUUCAGCUCAAAUAUUCCACAAACUCGAUGAAAUCACAAAUAUUCUACAUAUUAUGUCAAUGAAGAACUCAUUCAAAACUAUUGUACUAACCUAUUGCACAAACUGAAACUAGAAACAAUAUGUUGGAGAAAAAGAAAUCAGAAAUAAUAUAUUACACAAACUGAAAUAAUGAAUAAACUAAAAUCUUGUUGACACAAGAAAUAUGUGUUUGAGAAAAAGGAGGCAAUAGUAAUCCAAGAUAAGACUUGUAACUCAUAAAAAAACUUGUUGAAAUUGGAAAUGGUUGAAUGAAGUCCUAACAAACAUUUUAAGUAAGAAAAGUAAAGAAAAGAGGAAAAGGAAAAAAAAACAUCACAUACCUAUGUAGGUGCCAGUUGCCAGAGGUAGCUAGUAGUCAUUGGAGGCUGGUGUUGGUGGAGGAGAGGGAAGAAGAGGUGUUAAGAGAGUUUAGGGUUUGGAGACUGGAAGCUUGAAAGGUUGUGAAAGUGGGUCAGAUCCAUCAGAUUUGGAUUUGACCCUGAUCCAGACCUAGGCAUGCCAGGUAGGUGUACCUGUGUCCCCAUAUCAUUAGUUUCUUGAAAAAAGAAACUGAAUUGCUUGAAGCCACACAUUAUGAACUCAUAAUGUUACAAAGCUUGGAGGUAGAUAAUGCUUUGUCACUCUCCUUUCUUUCCAUAGUCUCCUGCUUCUGUUAAUUUCUCAUACUCAAGUUUUUACCUUGUAUGCCAUCACAUUGUGAUGAUUCAUAUGCUUCCUGUUUAUUUGCUACAUCUUUGGGUAGUGUUGUCUUUUUCUUCUCUCUUCCUCUUAUUGAAGGAUGGGGUUGACGUUCGUCAUUGACAUAUGCUUAUUCAACUUGGCUUCACUGCCCAUAUCACUGGUGAUUGGGGAUCUUCUAUUCAGUUGAUUUUAGUCAUGCCAUUAUCUUCUUUGGUGGUGUUUGAUGGCAAGAAAUCUUUUUAACAAAAUAUUCUCUCUUGCAUACAACAGGAAGUGCUUCUCAAGAAACAAGGUUGGACCCUCUUAGGGCAAAGUUUUGCAGUAUGAAGGAUAAUGCUUCUCCAUUGGAUAAAUUAAUUGAUGGAAGAUGGGUCCGGAAGCGUAAAAGGAAACAUGUUUCUUCUUCAUCUGAUGUUAUUAAAGGAAAAGGUGUUGGCACUAGUUUUGUUUCUGUAAGAAAUACUCCUAAUGCAAAACGGGGAACUAACGGUGAAAAUAGUAUCUCAAGAUAUGGUCAAAAGAAGAAAGGAAAUGAUGGGUAUUACUUCGAAUGUGUCGUGUGUGAUCUUGGUGGCAGUUUACUAUGUUGUGAUAGUUGCCCUCGAACUUAUCAUCUUCAAUGCCUUAGCCCCCCUCUCAAGCGAACGCCUCCUGGUAAGUGGCAGUGCCCAUCCUGUCUCAAUCAGAUGGAAUCUGCUAAUGUUACAAGCAUAUCAGAGAAAGUACCAAGGCAUGAAAAAUCUAAGAAAAUUGUGGAGAAGCCAAAAACUGCCUCAAAGCCAUUUUGCUCUUCAGUCAAACUGCUACGGAAGAUGCAAAGCUUCAUUCCUGGAAAGAGUAGAUCAUCUAACAGAGGGAAGCCAACUUCUCCUCGUGUUAUUGUGCCUUCUGAAAUGAAUUCUGGUUUUCACGAAAUUGAAAGUUCUACAAAUGCUGCAACAGGGUCCUUACUGUUGGAUGGAUCAAGGGAAUGCAUCAGUCAUGGUGCUGAUACAGAUGUUGUUAAGAAAAUCCUUGCUUCUGAGUCACAUGAUCAGGCAACAGUGCAGAUGAUUUCUCCAUCGAAGGAGGUAGAUUCAUCUCUUAAGAAGAGUAUGGAGCCAAAGGAUGAUACUUCUGAAAGGCGGACUUUAUUGCAAAGCAGCAAUGGAACUUCAAAAAGGAAAAUCACUUUAUUAUCACCACAUACAUCUGGUCAAAAAUCAGGAAAAAAGAGGCAAAAGGCUGAUGGAAGAGAUGACACAAAGAAAUCUAAGGACAGAAACAAAAAGAAAUUAAUCAAUUGUGUCAAAUGUGGCUCCAAGUUAAAGAAAAAGUUUUCUGAUAAAGAUGUAUUCUGCACAAACUGUGGUUCUACUGUUCACAGAAAGAUUAACACACUAGGACAAGAUGACUCUCAAAUGCUUCACUUGGUUGACAAGCAACAGAAUGAGCAAGUUCUUGAGGAGAAAGUGCACUCAUCUCAUGCUGUUGUUGACAGGAGCAAGGAUAUGCUUAAGCUAAAAGACAACGACUGUGAUCCACAUGCAGCCCAACAAGUUGACCGAAUACUUGGUCGUAGACUGCAAAACGAUUCUAUAUCUUCACCAUCUAACAUUCCAGAGGCUACUCCGGAAUUGCCCUCCAAUGCCCAUCAACAUAAUUCCUUGAUGGUAGGAGUUGAACAUGCUUCUCAUACAAAAAAGGAAGAUGACAAUAAUUUAGAUGAGAAGAGUACUCCUUAUGUGAAUACUAGUGAACAAAGUGGUGAAAAAUAUGCUAUAAGUGAAGAUGUGAAUGCAGCUACUAGCACAGGAGAAGUUGAAAAAUUUAGCAAACCAGCACCAAUGGAACGCUUUGAUCAUGAAAGGAAAUCACAUAAUGCUGAAAGCAGCAACAGUAAACUUCCUGAGGUUAAUGAUGCUCAUAUACCUAUAGACCCAUCUGACAUUGAUACUGUAACAAAUCCUACAGCAGGAAUCCUUAAUCUGGACGUGAUUCCGCCUGAGAGUCCAUCCUUAAACAAGAACCUUUCUCCAUAUGAAUUUUUGGUCAAGUGGGUGGGCAAGUCCCAUAUUCACAACAGUUGGGUUUCUGAACCACAGCUGAAAGUUCUAGCAAAGAGAAAGUUAGACAAUUUCAAAGCAAAGUAUGGCAAUGCAAUUAUAAACAUUUGCCAAGAACAGUGGAUACAUCCACAGCGGAUUAUUGGUCUCCGUAAAUUUAAUGGCGAUAAAAAGGAAGUUUUAGUUAAGUGGUGUGGUCUUCCUUAUGAUGAAUGUACUUGGGAGACCCUUGAAGAAUCUGCCAUUGCAAAUGCUGCUCAUCUUGUCACCAAGUUUGAGAAACAUGAAACUGGAACAGUGGCUGUGGAUGCUACAGACGAUGAUUUUCAGAAAGUGAAAGUUAAACAUGAACUGGGUGAAAUUGCCUGCCUUGAUGAACAGCCCAAGGAGCUCAAAGGUGGUUCUCUGUUUCCACACCAGUUAGAGGCAUUAAACUGGCUGCGAAAAUGCUGGCAUAAGUCAAAAAACGUGAUCCUUGCUGAUGAAAUGGGACUGGGAAAAACUGUAUCUGCUUGUGCUUUCAUUUCAUCAUUGUACAUGGAAUUUAAAGUAAAUUUACCCUGUUUGGUAUUGGUACCUCUAUCCACCAUGCCCAACUGGAUGGCUGAAUUUGCAUCAUGGGCUCCUCAUUUGAAUGUUGUAGAAUAUCAUGGUAGUGCAAAGGCAAGGGCGAUCAUUCGGCAGCAUGAAUGGCAUGCCAGCUACCCUGAUAUGCCUCAGAAGAGAACAAAGAAACACAAGUUUAAUGUCAUAUUGACAACCUAUGAAAUGGUUAUUGCUGACUCAAAUCAUCUUCGUGGCGUGCCUUGGGAGGUACUUGUGGUUGAUGAGGGACAUCGUCUGAAGAACUCUGGAAGUAAACUCUUCAGUUUGCUCAAUAUGUUUUCUUUCCAGCACCGCGUGCUUUUGACAGGGACACCUUUGCAGAACAACCUUGGUGAACUUUAUAAUCUGCUGAAUUUCUUGCAGCCAGCCUCAUUUCCUUCCUUGUUAUCAUUUGAGCAGAAAUUUAACGAUCUUACCUCUGCUGAAAAAGUAGAAGAGUUGAAAAAGCUUGUUGCACCACACAUGCUUCGGAGACUCAAGAAAGAUGCUAUGCAAAACAUACCACCUAAGACUGAGCGCAUGGUUCCAGUUGAGUUGUCAUCCAUCCAAGCGGAAUACUAUCGUGCAAUGCUGACAAAAAACUAUCAAAUCUUACGCAAUAUUGGUAAAGGAGGGUACCAGCAGUCAAUGUUGAAUAUUGUUAUGCAGCUGCGCAAGAUCUGCAAUCAUCCAUAUCUCAUCCCUGGAACUGAACCUGAUUCAGGGUCUGUGGAAUUCCUGCAAGAAAUGCGUAUUAAGGCCUCAGCAAAGUUGACUCUAUUGCAUUCUAUGCUCAAGAUAUUAAAGAAGCAGGGCCAUCGUGUGCUUAUUUUUUCACAAAUGACGAGACUUCUUGAUAUCCUUGAAGAUUAUCUGACUGUUGAAUAUGGGUCUGCAUCAUUUGAAAGAGUUGAUGGAUCUGUAUCUGUUGCUGAACGUCAAGCAUCAAUUGCACGAUUUAACCAAGAUAAAGAUCGUUUUGUAUUCCUUCUAUCUACUCGAUCAUGUGGCCUUGGCAUUAACCUGGCUACUGCAGAUACGGUGAUUAUUUAUGAUUCUGAUUUCAAUCCACAUGCUGAUAUUCAAGCAAUGAAUCGAGCCCAUCGAAUAGGCCAAUCCAAUAGGCUUCUUGUAUAUAGACUCGUUGUUCGUGCUAGCGUUGAGGAGCGUAUCCUGCAACUAGCAAAGAAGAAGCUGAUGCUUGAUCAACUUUUUGUUAAUAAGGCAGAAUCUCAGAAAGAAGUGGAAGACAUUCUUCGAUGGGGAACUGAAGAACUAUUCAAUGAUUCUGGUGAGCCUGUAGCCAAGGUUUCAGCAGAGAAUUCUGGUAAAGCAGAUGUUUUAACAGUACCGGAGACCAAGCACAGGAAGAAGGUUGGUGGUUUAGGAGAUGUGUACAGGGACAGAUGCACCGAUGGCUAUACAAGGACAAUAUGGGAUGAAAAUGCAAUUCUAAAGUUGCUAGAUCGUUCCAAUAUUGAUACAGUGACUGAUGGACAUGCAGAAGCAGAAACAGAAUGUGAAAUGCUGGGUUCAGUAAAGUCAGUGGACUGGAAUGAACAUGAACAAAGCGAACAAGAUGGCUCAUAUAUUCCUGGUAUAGGGGGAGAGGGCUGUGAGCAGGGUUCUGAAAAGAAGUUAGACCCUGUAACUGCUGAUGACAAUGAGUGGGACCGCCUUCUGAAAGAGAGAUGGGAGAAAUAUCAAAGUGAAGAGGAAGCAGCUCUUGGUCGUGGAAAGCGCUUGAGAAAGGCAAUAUCAUAUAAGGAAGCUUUUGCUGUGGUCUCUAAUGAUGCCUUGAGUGAGCAGAGCAGUAAGGAAGAUGAGGAAGUGGAAUUUGAAUAUACACCGGCUGGUCGAGCCCUGAAAGAAAAAUUUACCAAGCUUAGAGCUAGACAGAAGGAACGGCUUGCUCAGAGAAAUUCCUAUUCAGUGGAUUCACAUGAACAAGUCCCUCUGCCAAAUUUUGGUGACACAACUAAAUCAGGGAUGAAUCUGCAACUUGAUCCGGGAAAGGCAGUUACAGGCUCUGCCCCUGUGUUAACUGAUCAUAUGAUCCCUGGUGUACAUAUAGAUGGGAACCGAAUCUUGGCACACCUUGGUGAGCUUUCGAUGAGGCAUGAUCACUGUGUGGGUUCACAAAGCUCUCUCCUUGAUCUUUCUAUGAAGCCUUCUGUCUCUUUUCCUCCUGUGGAUGUCUACAGUUCUUUACAUGGAAAAUUAUCUCUUCCCUCUGGCAAGUUAUUUCCGUUUUAUGGGACGGUUUGUGGGAGUAAAGACCUGGGACAUGCUCUGUCUCAAAGUGAUGUAGCAAUCUCAAAUCCAUCUCAGUCUAAUUGCAAGAAUGGGAAGCUAGAAUUUCCAUUUGAACUUGCAGUUAGCAGUCAAUCAGUUGAUAUGCACCAUCACAAGUUCGAUGCUGUAACUGAUAUGGGUGAUGAAACAGUCUUGAGGGAGAUAUCUUCCCAGGAUUUGCAGCAGAAUAGCAAUGUAGGAAGCCGGAGGUUACCAUUUAGUGCGAUCUCUCUUCCUGAUAUAAACUUGCAGAGACAUCGUGGUCAUGAAGAUCAUGGCACUCCUUAUUUGAAACUUCCAGAUGGCAUGAUGCUUCCAGAUUUGUUUUUCCAGGGAAAAAACCGACUUAAAAUGGCACUACCAACGAUGAACCCUUCAUCACUUUCUCACCUCUGCCCAAACUUAUCCUUGGGCAUACCUAAUGAAGUGGCCAGUGAAUCUGUUGAAGAUAUGAGUACAGUAUCACCAUUAUCAACUCUCAGGAGACCAAAGCAUUCCAGAGAAGCAAAAGAGGAUGAGCGAGGCAUGCUAACCUUGGGACAGAUUCCAUCUGCUUAUCCAUCAUAUCAGCAGACUCACAAGGUCUUCGAUGAGAUCUUCACAAGAAAUGGUUCAAAUAUGUCUCGCAAGUUCAAGAAAAGACAUUCAAGAUCCUGGUCAGAGGAUGAGCUUGAUGCCCUUUGGGUAGGUGUGCGUAGAUAUGGAAAAGGAAAUUGGGAUUCCAUGCUGAGAGACUCCAAAUUAAGAUUCUCUAAGCAUCGGAUUCCUGAGGAGCUCUCUGAAAGGUGGGAAGAAGAACAGCUCAAAAUUUUGGAUGGGGUUAAUUUUCCAUCACAGGAAAUUGAACAGCCAGAAUCUUUUCCUGGUAUUUCAGAUGCAAUGAUGACACGGGCUUUGCUGGGCAGCAGAUUUUCACCUUUAGGGCCAGGCCCAUGUAUGCUUCCUAAAUUUCAUGCUCAUUUGACAGACAUGAAACUAGGACAGGGUGAUUCAGUUGCAGGACCUUCUAACAUUGAUUAUGCCGACCAUCCCCCAAUCAACUUGGAAAGGCAUCACUCGCCAAUUCCACAAAUAAAAUCUGGUAGACAAAGAGCAGCUUCUGUUGUUGGUUCCGUCACAGGGCAUUUUGACAGGUCUGGCAAGUUGAUUCCGGAGGAGCCCCUCCCACCUAAUCCUUUGGCAAGCACCUUCUUUGGGUCUCUCCCACCUUUCAAUAUGUGGAAUGCAACUGUCGGUUUGGAUUUGCCGAACAAGAAAGGGGAAGAGCAUAUAUCAAAGUAUCUUAAAUUGCCGUCUUUUCUAAACAAGUCUCUUAAUGCUUUGCAUGAUCUGCACAAGCUUCUCCCCACGGAAACUGAUCACAGGCCAAAGUCGUUUGGUUUACUGAAAGAUACUGCUACAAGCAGUUCUACUCCAAACAACUUGCCUCAUUGGCUUAGGGAGGCGGUUAAUUUGCCUAAAAGAAGAAUGGAGCCUGAGUUGCCUCCUGCUGUUUCUGCGAUUGCACAUUCUGUGCGUGUACUGUAUGGGGAUAAGAGUGUAAUCCCUUCAUUUACUAAUCCAGGUCCUCCUCCCUUCCCACCAAGGGAUCCUAGGAGACGUCUUAAAAAGAGAAGACGAUUGGGCAAGAUCUCUGCUCGUGUGCGAGGCCUUGUGGCUGAAAGUUUUGAAAGCAAUGCAGUUGCAGAAAAGAUGCCUGCUAGCUCCUUGAAGCUCGCCUUUUCUGAUCCAGUUUCAAUUCCAGCGGGAACUUCUGCUUGCACAUCAGCUCCUUGGAUUGAUACAAACCUCAGUCUUCCGACCUUAAACUUGACGCCAGCUUCACCAUUGCCACCAGUGCACCAGAAGUCAUCCAUGAAAACAACCAUCUGUCCGUCUCCCGAGGUGCUUCACCUUGUGGCCUCAUGCGCUGCUCCUGGUCCCCGUUUAUUUCCUGCACUUGAUGAACCAAUCACAAGCUCUAGGAGAAGUGAGCUGCCAACUGUGCUUAAUGAACCGGGUACAAGUUAUCUGAAUGAGCUCCCAGCCACAUCUAGGUACGAGAACAUAUGGGAAAGCACAGUUGUGGAGAGACAUGAUCAGGACCAUGGCAAAGCCGUUGGAGGCACUAGCAGUGUGAGUUAUAAGCAUCUGAAGCUUACUGAGGAUGACAGGGGCUCACCUGGUUUGGCUAGGCGUAGAGGAAAACACGUCAAAUGCGAGGAGCACGACAGUGACAGUGUGAACUCAAGGAAAAGUCACUCCGACCUACGUGCGCCUGAUGUGGAACUGGAUUCAACGCAGGCAUCAUCAGAGGAGACUCUCUCUGACGAUGGCAAAAGCGGCAAAAGCGAAUUCUAGUGUACAUGUAACCAAUUCUUUUUUCUUUUUUCAUACACAUCCAUUUUUUCAAAGGAUGAAGCAUGUUACCGUUACCAUGACAUUGUUAGCAUUAAUGCUUCUACAUAUUGUAAAGCCCCUUUAUUGUCUGAUAAAUAUAUCGCCUCAAAGUGGAAAAGAAACGUAGUUACCCAGGUCAUUUUUAGAUCUUUAUUCUGCACUAGAAACCACAUGUAAAUGGAUAGAAUCAGAGCUAGAAUGCCUGAGCUAUCCUGUUCCGGAAACUGAUAGGCUAUCUCCAAUUUUCAACUUACUAAACUUGCGGCAAUCCUUAAUAACAAUGCAAUUUUUGGUCA